AUGUCGAUUUUAGCUGAGCCGAGAAGAAAACAAAGAAUCAGUAUCGAUCCACAAAAUUUGACAUGGAAAAAUGAUGAUCAAAAGUAUGUUAAGUAGCUGAAAAUUAAAAAGAAUUGAAUGUUUUUAGAUUCUCAAAAAAAUUAAUGGAAAAAAUGGGUUGGAGCGAGGGAGAUGGUUUAGGAAGAAAUCGACAAGGAAAUCAAGAUGCAAUCAAAUUGAAAGCAAAUACAUCUGGAAGAGGUUUAGGAGCUGAUAAAAUGAAUGAUUAUGAUUCGACAUGGAUUUCACAUCAUGAUGAUUUUGCUGAUCUUUUGGCUGCUUUGAAUAAAAAUAAAGAGGCAGAACCGGAACAAACUGAAGAAGAGAAAAAUGCGGCAGCUGAAAAAAUAUCGAUUGAAUUGAAAAGUAAAUCAGUUAAACGGAGAAUUCAGUAAGUUUCAGAUAAUAUUUUUGAAAGAAAACAAAUUAGUUUUUUUCAGCUAUCAGAAGUUUACACGUGCGAAAGAUACAAGCAAUUAUAGUGAAAAUGAUAAAACUGCAAUUCUUGGAUUCGGAAAAUUGAAAAAGGAUAAAAAUGUAGUAGCUGAAGAAGAAAAAGAAAUAAAAAAAGAAGAUGAAGAUGAGGUUUGUUAUUUUCAGAAGUUAUUAUUCUCAUUUCAUUUUUAAUUUUUCUCAGAAAUCAGACGAUAAAAAAGAGGGAAUUCACACAGUCAGCACUAUGUCAGUUGGCGAUUAUUUUGCUGCUAAAAUGGCUGCACUGAAAGCUAAACGAGAAUCUACGGUUGCAGUGAAAACUGAGAUCAAAGAAGAGAUUGUAGAAGGAGAAGAAGAGACUGAUGAGGCAAGAGAAGCGAGAAAGGCAGAGAAACGAGAGAGAAAGAGAUUGAGAAGAGAGCAAAGAGCUAGAGAACAAGAGGAAACGAUUGAAAUUAAAACUGAAAUUAAAGAAGAAGUUAUUGAUGAGGAAAUUGAUGAAGCAGAAAGAAAACGAUUGAAAAAGGUUAAAAAAAUUUUAGAUAAAAACUCAAUCGAAAGUUGUACUUUCAGGAAAAGAAACGGUUGAAACGUCUUCAUGAAGAACAACAACAAAAUGAAGAAAAUGUCGAAGAAGAAGAAGAUGUUCCAAAGAAAAGAAAGAAGUAUACCGAAGCAGAUGAGUAA